GCGUCCUGUGCGUAAGGUCUGAGUGACACACACACGCACAAAAAAAAAAAAAGAAAAAACCGAGAGCGAGCGAAGAAAAGCACAGAGAAACGGACGGGGUUAAGAAAUAAGAGAGAGAGAGAAAGAGAGAGAGAGAGAGAGGUUCACAGGAGGAUACUUUUUAAUCUUGGGAGUUUUUUAAAAGGACAACGCCGUGUGUAUAUGGAGUUAUGAGCCGUGUGUGUGUGUGAGUGUGUGUGAGUGAGUGUGAGUGAGUGUGUGUGUGCGUGUGAGUGAGUGUGUGAGUGUGAAGGGAUCCGCCAUGGAUCUACUGGAUCUACUGAGCACAUGAAAGGACUCUACUGAUAAUAAUAACACAGGGUUUUUUACAGGCUUUCGGCUUCAGCACACAGAGACAACAAUAAUAAUAAUAAUAAUAAUAAUAAUAAUAAUAAUAAUAAUAAUAAUACUAGACCGGUUUGUUGGAGGCCUUACAUUUGUUUGCAGUUACAUUUCGCCUUGACAACAGUGCUGGAGAUUUGAUGUAAGUCUCUAAAGGAAACAACCCGAGGACAAAAGAGAAAGAACACAAACGUAUUAUUUUUUCUGCUGAAAAGUGAAGAGUUAUUUUUUCAUCACCGUCGUCCAUUUUUUUACUCUGUAAUCCUGUUCUGAGAUUAAAAGUCCAGGCUCCAGGAGGAUCUUUAUCACACACACAGGUUGGAGUCAUGUCAGGUCGUCCCAGGACCACGUCCUUCGCAGAGAGCUGCAAACCCGUGGCUCAGCCUUCAGCCUUCGGCAGCAUGAAAGUCAGCAGAGACAAGGACGGCAGCAAGGUGACUUCAGUGAUGGCGACUCCAGGCCAGGGGCCAGAUCGGCCUCAGGAGGUCAGCUACACGGACACCAAGGUGAUCGGGAACGGCUCGUUCGGCGUCGUAUACCAGGCCAAACUGUGCGAGUCCGGAGAAAUGGUGGCCAUCAAGAAGGUGCUGCAGGACAAGAGGUUUAAGAACCGUGAGCUGCAGAUCAUGAGGAAGCUGGACCAUUGCAACAUCGUCCGCCUCCGAUACUUCUUCUACUCCAGCGGUGACAAGGUUAUAGUAGUUAAUUUAGUUCGAAACCAUAAGAAAUCCCACUGGUCUUGUGUCCAUAUAUUAUGUGUGCUGUUGUGUUUGCAGGUGUUCCGGCCACGCACACCUCCUGAAGCCAUUGCUCUGUGCUCUCGUCUGUUGGAGUACACACCCACGGCUCGGCUCACGCCGCUGGAGGCCUGCGCACACUCCUUCUUUGACGAGCUGAGAGACCCGAACAUCAAACUGCCCAAUGGGAGGGAGAAGCCAUCGCUGUUUAACUUCACCACUCAAGAAUUGUCCAGUAACCCAUCCUUGGCCACCAUCUUGAUUCCUGCUCAUGCACGUAAUCAAGUAGGUGCCUCUACCCCCACCAAUGGCUCCAGCACUACAGAUGCCAACAGUGGAGAACGCGGUCAGACCACCAAUGCAGCCUCUGCCUCCGCCUCCAACACCUCCACCUGAGUGUCCUGGUCAACCAGCCCGGUCCAUCCAGGAGACGCCCCGCCCGUUCCCCGGAUCGGUGGGUGGAGUUUAAACCAUCCAACCACAACAUUUACUGAAACUGCAACAGCCAAACCAUAAUUUCAGUGCUUUCUGCGCUGUUCAAACCGAGCUCCCGGACAGAACCAUGACGGUGAUGAGAGUGAAAGAGAGAGAGAGGGUGAGCUGUGGCACAGGGGGGAGAACUCGCACCAUCAAUCCUGUGGACAAUCUCGUAAUCAAAGCAAUCCAGUAGCCAAAUCCAUUUUCUUCCAUCUUAGUUUAGCGAGCCUGCUGUUCAAAUGGGCUCUCUCUCUCUCUCUCUCUCUCUCUCUCUCUCUCUCUCUUCCACACAAUCAAGUCUUAUACACACAGCAUCUGUCCGUCCACAUCCUCUUCCUCUUCACACCCUCGUCACCUGUAGUGCAUGGCUUGAAUUUGGUCGGGAGCACUCAGUAACUUAAAAAGGUACAGGUAAUCACCAAGAGCAACUGUUUUGUCAUCUGUCAUCAUAUAUAUAUAUAUAUAAUGUACCCGGACUUAACACAGCAAGCGGGCAUGAUUUAGCAGCAAAGCCUAAAACAAUAAAGAAAAGAAAAAUCUCUUGAUGCUCUCUGAAAGAGUUAAGGAAGAGUUUAAAGGAUUUACAUACGAUUGUUUUAUUUGAUUUGAUUUUAUAUUGAAAGGGAAAUUUUAUGGGUCAGGGAGGGGCGGAUAUUUCCGAUCGACACGAGAGACCCGUUCGUCUCCUUUUCUGUGUUUUUGUAUUAUAUAUACAUAUAUAAAUACAUACACAGUUUAUAUAUUUCUUUAUGUUAUGUAAUAUAUGUGUGUAAGUGUUAGCAUAGGGAUAUAAAGCUCCACCCACCUCCGGAUUACAUGUAUUCUGAACCAGCGAAGCUUUAUAUACAGUAUGUACGAUCGGUUCAGAACACUUCAGGGUCGGAGCUUUCACACGGCAGCCGAUCUGCUGCCGACCGAGACCGUACAUAUGUUUAUAUAUACGGAUAUAUGAAAUCCAUACCAGAGUGGGAAUGCCGUAGCUACUAGCUAACGUGCUCCGAGUUUCAGUUCAGAGCUGCAGAAUUCUUUUCUAAUCCCGAGUUUAACAUUCGCUCUUUUCUGUCCGUUUCAGUAGUCCUCAGGUUACUUUGUGUAUUAGUCACACCACGAGUUCUGUCAAACAGCAGGGUUUCUUUUUUUCUUUUCUUUUUUUGACAGAAUAAAACGUGACGCGAUCGUGUUAGGUUCGAGCAAACGGUGCAGGCGUCCCGUGAUUCUACCUUUCUUAAAAUAAAGUCGCCAGGCUGUCGGCCACAAAGCCGGACGUUCAGCACUGUGAACAGGGGAGCUGAGCGUUUCUGGCUUUCUGUCUUUAAAUCGUCGAUGCUGUGUAGGUGUUGUAACCACUACUUGAACAUUCAUUACAUGUUUUGUUUUUUUCUUUCUUUUUUUCCCCCUUUCCAGUUUUAACAUCAUCUUAACUACAGGUAAAACUGUAUAUUUUAACGAGAAUGUCUUAAUACACAAAUGUAACAGUUUAAAAAAGGUGUAAAUACAGUACAGCAUGGUUGCUCCUUGCCAAAUUCUGGCUUGUACAUUUGUUUUUUGUUUUUAUAUAUAUAUAUAUAUAUAUAUAUAUAUAUAUAUAUAUAUAUAUAUAUAUAUAUAUAUAUAUAUAUAUAUAUAUAACAUUUUUUUGUGUGUGUGUUUUAUGGUUUAUGGUAUGUAUAUAUGCUGACCUGAGAACUGUUACCAAGCAAAAAAAAACAAAACAAAAAAAUAAAUAAAUAAAUAAAUUACAAAGAUAACGGUUUUAAAAAAAAGAAUAAAAUCUCAUAAAAUGGUGAAAAAAAACAAACAAAAAAAAAAGAUCAGGGCAAAUCUGAACUGUUUGUUGGAAACUAGAUGGGGAGCUUUCUCCAGCCAUAUAGUUCAAUCUUCUCUGUACAGUACUGUAGGUGCCAGCUAUAUUAUUGUACUGAUAUGUAGUAACUGUAUAGUGUAUCUAGAGUUUGGAGUGCCUUUGCUUCCAUCGAUCCCACCUUAUUCCUCCUCCACCCAAACCUCCUCCUUUACUCACACAGUACUGUAACUCUCUCUGUGACGCUCGGGGUGUGUGCUGCCGGACGCUCGGCUGGCCCGGUCGGUGUUAAAGCUCUUCUGGCCUACCUCUUUAUUUACAUUAUUAACCCUGUCAGUGAUGCCUGUUUCCUGUUUAUAAUACUUUACUGACUCACGAUAGGGUUGGGGAGACGGGUCUAAAGCACCAGAGCCGCAAAAUAAAAUAGUUUUUUUUUAAAUAGUCCGAGGUCAAAAGGACAAAUUCGCUUGUUGAUGCACGGUUUCUCAAAAUUCACUUUAUGAUUUGUAGCAUAAUAAAGGCAGCAUUAACAUGCCUGGAUGCAGCGCUGUAUGGUUUUAACCCUACUCUGAUUCCUGUCAAUCCUCUAACUGUUCAAAUAGUGAAUUUAGAAGAAUACAAGCAAUAAAUUUGGGUAUUUGGGAUUAUUGUUAACUUUUACUGGACAAGUGCUGAUAUUUAUUACAGGAGCAACAGGACACUUCACUGUCUGCAUCAUGCUGCUAGUCUGUUCUCAUGUUACAAUUCCAAUCUGAACAAACCGUUCCUCACGUUAAAACCUCUACUACGCUUGCUACAAGCUGUCAGUCAGUCUCUGCGUCGGCAUGGCAACGCGCAAUCUUUCUGUAACUGUUUGCAUGCAUGGGAAAAAAUACAUAUAUAUUUGACCAUAAUGUGUCUGUCGAUAUCUCAAUAUUAACAACAUAUUUAUAGGACUGUUGUAUUAAAGUAAUAUCACAGUCGCAGUACAGUUGUGAUUAACCUACAGCCGAAUCACACACGACUGUGUGGAUGUUCUCGACAGAAGCAUUCGGGAAGCAUGUGCGGUGUUGCUUGACACCCAGACCUUCUUGUAUUUUAUUUUGAGCCAGUAUUUAUUAGAGUUCAGAUGUCUAGCGUAGGGGUGUGUGUGUGUGUGCAUGUGUGUGUGCGUGUGUGUGUGUGCGUGUGUGUGUGCGUGUGUGUGAGAAGGACGGCCAGGUCUGUCUUCAUCCCUGGGUCACAGUGUUGUCCCUACGGGCAGUAACCCCUCAGCGUACACACUUGUACUUGGCCAGCCGACAGCAGCACUUUAAGGGCAUCACGUAGCACCCACAAUCCUCCAUUCCUCCAGCUCCUCCCAGUGUAAAGCUCGCUUUGUAAAUUAUGCAUACAAAGACAUGUUACUUUCCACAAUCCAUGUGACCACUUCUUGUGAAUAAACUAAAGUCUAAAUAAGAGUAAGGACAGGUUUUAAACGGAAAAGCCAAAAAAAAAAAAAAAAAAAAGUUAGUUAUAUUCAAACAUCACAUACAUCCUUCAACAACAAAAAAAAGUGUUGGUUUAAAGUGAAAAAUAAGGAAGAAAAAAAAAUACAACCUGUAUAACAUUACUACUACUUGAAUGCUUCUGUUUGUGACUGAAUUUUUAUUUUUAUUUUUUAAAUAUAUAUACAUCUUUUUUCUGUUUUUCUGUGAAAGUAUUCUAAAUGUCUCCUUUCUUUGUAAAUAAUGUCCGUUUUGGUCCUCGGUGUGAUCCGGAUUCAGAGAAUAGUUACCUGGUACUGUAAUUUGCAUUAAAUAAAGAGUAGGAUAGCUUGGAAACGAA